GUAAACUAUCGGGUUGCUUUAUAUUGAUUAGGCUAUACGAAGAAAGCAUUUUUAUGUCGCAAAUGAGCGUAGUUAAACCAUUUACAUUCUGCAACUCAGAAACACUAUAAGUGGCGUUUAGUUUACGUCUGGAACCUCUGUGUUCACUGAAGUCUUUCGGCCAUGAAGUCCAAACAAGUCUUUUACAUCGCCUUCAGCUUGCUUCUGCUGGGAUCCUUGCUGCCAAACGAAGUGGAGUCCUUAAGAGUAGAUCUUAAUAAGCUGGCGGAGUGCACAGAAUCGGGAUUGAAAGUAGCCACAACGUUGCUCGUGAGGGCGAUACCAUGUGUAAAAAAAUUGGCAAAAUGUGCUGACUUUCGAGCCAUUAAGACUAAGGACCUUGAUAUUACCGCACUUGCCCUCUUGGGCUAUCAAUAUCUGCAAACGGUCGUGAACAACCAAAGAUGUCUAUUGAUCUCAUUGAAAGAAGGCUACGACGCUGUGUCGCCACACCUUGACAAACUUAUUAGUGGCAAGUGCCUACCAGGGCUCAGCUAAAGCAAUAUAUACAUAUGCAAACACUUU